AUGGAUGACGAUGAUACGAAUAAUGAUAUAAACUAUGAUAACAAACGUUUUAGCGUUGAUUGUCAUAGAAUGAUCAAAAUUUGCUCAUCGAUUCUGAUUCCCGUCAUGCUCGGUUUAUUGACUUUAACGGUAUCGAUUGUUCAACUUUAUAUUGCCAGUGCAGAAAAAGUAAAAGAUGUUUCUAUAUCCAAAGAAAAUCGAGAUAAAUAUCGUUUCAUUGCUAAUCAAACACGUGAACAAGAUCUGAUUAUUGCUAAUAGACUUCGUUGGAAUACUAUCUUGGCUACUUAUAUCAAAGAAAUAUCUGAAAUCUUGACAUCAUUGAAUUUUUCCUCCAGAAAAGUCGAUCCACUUGUUGCAACUAUUGUCCGAGCAAAAACAUUGACUGCUUGUCCUCAAUUAGACACUGAGAGUAAAGCAUGGUUUAUUCAAUUUCUUUACGAAUUCGGUGCUAUUCUUGUCGGAUAA